AGGCAGCCUGGGUAACCGACCUCAACAAGAUGGCGGCGAAAGGAGGCCGCGCCCUCGCUUUCUAAACAGGUCGUAAUUUACACAUUCACACUGCAAUGGAUUCCCAAAGCGCGAAGGUUUCCAUGUGGCUAUCAAAGAUGUUUGGAGACCAGCAAGUUCCUUCCUAUGAAGUAAAUCCAUGGACAACGGAUAUUCUCUGCCGUCUAAUGGAAUGGAAUGAAACUCGAGAUCAUGAUGUUGAACUACUGAUUGAGGAUGUUAAACAAAAAACUGAGGAAUACAAGUCUGACACUAGCUACUUAGAGGAUUUCCUUAUGGCCAGUGUUGGACUAUCUGCUUCUAGCCUUUCCAGUAAUGGAUCUGGCUUCCUGAAAAUGUUGGUGGAUAGCAGUCUUGCUUUGCAGCUGAAAGAUACAUCCCAAACCAGCUUUAUGCUUGCAAUAGACGACUUGACAUCUGACCGUUUAACAUCAGAAAACAGAAGUCAAAGAGAAAUUCUUAGUGAACUGUCAAAGAAACUGACUGAAAGCAUCAUGCUGGAAAAGUCUCUGCAGGCGGAUUUACAGAAGAUAGAUCAUGAUGUCAUGGAACAGAACACAAAGGCAGAGAAUAAAAAACAGAAUAUGGAUUUCUUUGUAAAAAAGAUGAAAGAAUGGAGCCAAUUGAGCAAAAAUUUAGAGAAUGAGCUGAAGAAGGUUGGGUUUGACCCAAGUUUGAAUCAUCGAUCAUUGGUGGAACUCUCUGAGAAACUGGAAAAUGUAAAGAAGGAAGUGGCAUCUUUAAAUGCAAAACUGAAAUCCUACCUUGAUCUGACACCUAAUCUUUAUGCUGCCAAAGUGAAAGUUGAAGAAACAAAAUUGGAGCUGAAAAAAAUUGAUCUUCUUCUUGCUGAGAAGAUGGAGAAUCUGGAAAGUUUGAUGUCCGAAGGGAAUUUAUUCAAAUGAAGUGUUAACUGGCAACGUAACAAGAGGCAUCUCUGACUUCACACUAUAAGCCUAUAACUUUGCUGAGAAGACUAAAACAGUGGAGUUUAUCUAUUUUUUUAAUGCAAUGUUGAUUUGUCUCAUUGGGUUGAUUAGGUUUAUAUCAAGGUUAACAAGAAUUGUCUAUUUGUAAGUGGACAUUGUGGAUGACAUUUAAGUGUGCCAUAGCUUCUUAAAUAGCUCAUCAACUGCUGACUCUUGUGAAAAUGUCAUUGUUAUACCAGCCAACAAUGAACCCUCGGUCGUGUCAUGAGGUUUGUGCAAUUAGUUAAUUCCUUGUUUGAUCCAUAGUACUGCAUGUGAGUUACAAUGACUGUUGAUGCCAAUAACAUUUCAGAAAUUUAACUUUUUUGUAGAGUUAUUGUUUUGCAUUAUUGACUCUAAAUAAAGUAUAUUUUUUCUUACCCAUAUCCCCACGUCAUUUAUCUGUUGGAUUUUUUUCCCUUGCGUUGGGUAUCGUCCCUAUGUAUCAUUUAUGAAUUUAUACUGUGUGUUUUCUUCAAAAGGGAGAAAGGAUGUCAACCAAGUUAUGUUAUGAUUUCAUACAUAUUUCUCCCAGCAGCAAUUACUAUCUAAAAUGUGGGGAAAUCAUUUUUAUAUCUCCAGAGAGUAUUAUCAUUAACCUUGGCUUAGGUCAGCUGACUUGGCAUGUUAACUGAAUUUGGCACCUUCCUGCUGCAUUGUGCUGCUACCGGUAGGGCUAUUGGACAAAUGUGUCUUAAUGUCAUGUCUAUAUUACAUUAUUUUUUCUCUUCUGAACAUUGGUAUGAAUGAUUCCUUGUUUUCUAACAUGCUAAUGGAAUGGUGUCUACUGCAUUGUCCAAAAGCAAAUAAUAUUACUCCACGUGUAAAUGCAUAAUAACAGAGUUUGAAUAAAUAUUUUGUAUAUUUUGGAGCCGUGUCUUCAUUAAAGCAUGUGAAUGGGAAAAUAU